ACCCAUCCAAUCAAAUGAUCCAAUCCCAUUUCAGAUUUCAAGCUCCGCCGCGUCUGUGCUUAGAUAAAGCUACAGAUGAUAGAUAUUAAGAAUUUAGAUAUGUAAUAGAAUUAUUUUUCUCAACUAUCUAGUUUAUUCGCUUCCUGUAGUGGUUCGUUAAGAUUUCCUUCCCAAAUUCGGCUCAACCGGUGAAUUUCGAUGAAUGUUCUAUCUACGUUUCAUUCAGCAAUGAUUUUAUUAUGUUUUGUUUACUAUUUUUGUUCUGUAGCAGAAACCAAAAUAAUCUGUACACACGACACUACAAGUUACCAAUGCAAUUUAAUAUGAAUUUCGUUUUUAAUUUUCUGGACUUGCGAAUAAUAGCUCAUUUUGCUCGCUGAGUGAAGACGUUUUAUGGUUAUAAUGCCAUACCGUCGUCUUUCAGCUAGCAUUCUAUUAUGUGCUGUGCUGUGGGUUAUCGCUGAAGAUGAACUAUCCAUAAGUCAUGUUUUUACGAAACCGCUCGACCUCAGAGUAAUCCAAACUUCUGAAAAUAGUAUACAAAUUGCAUGGACAAAACCAAAUGGCAUCACUUCUUCCAAUUCUUCAGUCGCCGAUUCUAUCGCCGGCUACACAAUCCAUUACCAAUCAAAAACCUUCAGUGAAAAAGAGGAGGUUUUUUUCAAUGGUGAUGAAUUGAAGCAUACAUUAUAUAACCUUUUUGCGUGCACUGAGUACAUAAUAUGGGUCACUGGUUUAUCCAGUACCAAACAAGAAGGAGCACCUUCUGACAAAAUCAGGCAAAGAACAAAUCCAAUUCCUCCUGGACCUCCAAAAAUUAUUAAUAUUAGUUGUCAUCAGCAUCAAUCGUUAUUUAUACAAUGGCAAAAACCAGCUCUCUACAAUUGUUCAAUCGAAUCAUACCAAGUAUUGUACCGUGAUGAAAACUCUUUCAAUUUUGAACAAAUCAAACUUAGUGCCAAAAAUGAUAAAACUGAAACUAUACUUAUUAAUAACUUGACGGAUAAUACCAUGUAUGAAAUAAAAAUAAGUGCUUCUCCAAAAGACCAGAUUCUUGGUGCAGAGUCAGCACCUAGAAAGGUUUUAAUUUCGAAUGGCUGUGAAAAACUUGUGAAACCAAUUAGCCGGGGUAAUGAGACAAUUGCCAUAUUUGCAGCAAUUGUCUGUGCGUUCUUUGCUGUCAUGUUGGCAGUUUGCGCUUUUGUCAUAUGGAGGAACUGGUUACACGCAGCUUAUUAUUAUUUAGAGGAUCCUGUUGGACAAAUGACGUGUUUGUCAGAACCAGACUGGGAGUGCCGUGUGGACCCGAAUACAACGAUUCCUGUAAACAUGUUUGCUGCUCAUGUUGCUCAAUUGCACGCUGACGGAGAUAUUGGAUUUAGCCGAGAGUACGAGUCUAUUCAGUCUGCCGCUAAUCAGGAUGAGUACUCGAUCGAAUAUUCCCAGCAGAUGGAAAACAAAGUUAAAAAUCGUUACUUGAACAUUCUUGCUUAUGAUCAUUCCAGGGUGAGGCUGUUUCAUGUGAUGGGCCAGUGUCGCGGGGAAGAUUACAUUAAUGCUAAUUACAUAGAUGGCUUUCAAAGAGCAAAUGCCUACAUUGGUACCCAGGGACCUUUACCAAUAACAUUUGACGCAUUCUGGAGAAUGAUUUGGGAACAAGGCGUUGCAAUUAUAGUCAUGAUAACAAAUCUUGUAGAAAGAGGAAGGAGGAAAUGUGAUAUGUACUGGCCAAAAGAAGGUACAGAGGUGUAUGGAUUGAUACAAGUCAAGCUGAUGAAGGAAGAUGUAUUAGCCAUGUACACUAUACGUACCCUUCUUGUCACACACCUUAAAGUUAAAAAGAAAAAGCAUUCAUCAAAUGAACGCAUAGUUUAUCAGUACCAUUACACCAACUGGCCUGACCAUGGAACUCCGGAUCAUCCUCUUCCUAUUCUAAAUUUUGUUAAUAAAUCAUCGGCUGCCAACCCAUCUGACGCGGGACCCAUUGUUGUUCAUUGCAGUGCCGGUGUUGGAAGAACGGGUACCUACAUUGUUUUAGAUGCUAUGCUGAAGCAGAUCUAUCGUAAGAAUAAAGUGAAUGUGUUUGGCUAUCUUCAGCAUAUUCGCACACAACGAAAUUUUCUUGUACAAACUGAAGAACAAUAUAUUUUCAUUCAUGAUGCACUAUUAGAAGCCAUAGUCUGCAGUGAUAACGGUCUUUCCCCAGACUGUAUAAACCAACUGAUUGCCAAUCCAAAUCCUUCUAAUGAAAACUGGGGGAAAUUGGAGACUCAUUUCAAAAUGGUCACUUCGUUCGAACCAAAAGACUACAAUCUGUUAUCUGCUAGGAAGUCUAGUAAUUUACCAAAAAAUCGUUCAGAAGAAUACUUACCAGUGGAAAGUUUUAGAGUCCAUUUAACACCAAAACCAGGGGUUGAUGGCAGUGAUUAUAUUAAUGCUUCUUGGCUGUUAGGUUACAAAAAACUUUGCGAAUUCAUUGUUACUCAACAUCCACUAGAAUCAACAGUAUUGGAUUUUUGGCAAAUGGUUUGGGAUCACAAUGCGCAAACUGUAGUUCUUCUGUCUUCUGUUGAUGAAGAAGUGGCUCCGGAUCUUGGAAUAUUCUGGCCGCGUGCUAAUGAAGGCACAUUAGAUGGUGAAAAUUUCAAAGUGAAGUGUAUAGAAGAAGGAACAGUGACACGAGAUGUGACCGUUCAGUCGUUGCAAGAUGACUAUGAAUUAACCGUUCGCAUCAUUGAAUCACCUUCUCCCACCUCCGAUCUUCCAGCUCUGCUCCAGUUGCUGGAUAUUGUUAAUCAGUGGCAUUUAGAGUACCAAAAUGGACCCAUCAUUGUUGUUGACAAAUACGGCGGUACAGGUGCUGUAACAUUCUGCUGCUUAGCGACUUUGUCAAAACAGUUGGAGCAUGAAAAGCGAGCAGAUGUUUGCAUGUACGCUAAAUUGUAUCACAAUCGACGACCACGUGUUUGGAAAUCAGCGAAAGACUAUCUACUUCUCUACCAAGCAUUGGAGGUGCUUUCAACUAGUAAAGGAAUAAAAUUUUCGGCGUCAGUCACUGUACCAGGUAGCACAUUACAUCCAAAUGGCUACACCAACGGAGUAUUGGGUCCAACUCCACAGACAGCAUCUAUUUAAUGGAAUGCAAAUUCAAUCGAAAACUUCCCACUGUUUGAAAGUUUCUUCAUGAGGCCACAAAAUUAAAUCAUUUUACUGCGCAGUUUUGUUAUAUUUUGAUGCAGUAUAUUUUAUGUAGUCAAUUCAAUUUUAAAUUUUGAACAUCAUUUCAUAUUUUGUUAAAUGAAAGUAAAACUGUUCAGAUGAUUCAAAUUAUAAAUUAUUCUUUGAGUCCAAGCUAUAGGAGUCCUGUUUCUUACAGUCAUUGAUUUCAAUUUUUCAUGAUAAAAUGUCUUUUCUGUGGCUUUGCUUUCAAUUAUUUACAAUCUGUGCAAUCAAUAUAUUUUUUCAAUGAAAAUUUUGCUGCCGUAGGAUGUUAUUUGGAUAUAUAUAGCCUUAUUUGGAUGAAUAGACUUUUCAUCGUUUUCUAAAGAAUGGCAGUGCAAAUUCAAUUUCUACUAGUUGAUUUCAUUUACGGCUUAUUGCGUUGAAAUUUUUCGCUCAUAAUUGAUUUUUUUAUGAGUAUUGAAUCUUGUAGACUUUUUUAAGAAAGUUUGUUUCAAUUGGAACUCUCAAGUCCUGAUGUGGCAAACAUAGUGUGUUUGGGCCUAGAAUUGCGCCAAAUAUAAUCGCAAUAAUUUAGAUAGUUCAUGAAUUCUUCAAAUAUUGAAAAGUCUUUCUAUAUUGUUAAUCAGUGAUAUAUUAUUUUUCCAAGUGGAUUUUUUGUUUUCAUGUCACAAAGAUAAGUGGUAAACAAUAUUAUUUAUUGAUUCACUUAUCAAUGUUGACAACGGAUUACCCUAAAUCUGUAAAAGAUUUAGCGGAUUACCCUAAAGUAUUUCUAUAUUAGUAAUGAAAGAUACAUUUUUUCCAAGUGGAUUUUUUGUUUUCAUGUCACAAAGAUAAGUGGUAAACAAUAUUAUUUGUUGAUUCACUCAUCAAUGUAGACAACCCUAAAUCUGUUGCAGAGCAAAUAAAUUCAGUGAUACAGAACAGGUUCUGUUUCAGUAAAUCUUUAACACAAAUGUACUGAUAAUAGAAUAGGUCAAAAGUGUCGUACUUACGGCAGCUUCUAUUGUAAUGAAUAUCUCUUUUCAUGGUGAUGAUGGAGUAAGUACUUUGAUAAUAUUAUUAAAAACACUUGACUCGUCAUUGUUUUGAUUCAUCAUUGCACAAAUUGAACAGAAAGUAUACAGGAGCGUAUUCUCAAGAGAUGUUGAAAUUUUGAACCUCCUCAUCUAACAGCUACAACCUGCUGUUGUAUCACCAUCAAUAAUAAUCAAUUUCUCAAUUUCUAUUAUCUGGUUAAUGUUUCAUCUGUAGGUCUACAUCAUUUGAUUAUAAAUGAAUUACGUUAUUUAUCUUGCAUUUUUUUGGUAUGAAAUUGUAUUGAAAUGUAAGCAAAGUUAUCAUAUUCAAAUGAAUUUAUUUGGAUUAUUUUCACUAUUUUUUAUUUGAGUGAAUCAAUGCGCUUCCAAUAUUAUUUCAUAACGAGUUGAAGUUGUAGAGUUAUGAAAAGAUUGAGUCAGCAGUAUUGGAAUAAUUACGAUCGUUGUUCAUUGAUGAGUUUCAACCUCACUUUAUAAAUGCAUCACUAUUUCUCAAAUAUAAUAUGAUCAAGUGAAAAUAUGAUUGUUGAAAUUAAUUACUAGUAAAAUAUCUCCCCAACUUUGAAUCCAGAACAGCUAGUUUGUAGAAUACGCUCCCAUACAAAAUAUGAUUGUUGAAAUUAAUUUCUAGUAAAAUAUCUCCCCAACUUUGAAUCCAGAACAGCUAGUUUGUAGAAUACGCUCCCAUACUACAGCAAUAAUAUUUUACCACGUAUGACCUUAAUUGUUGAUUUAUUUAUCAACGAUUUCGCAACUGUAUAUUAAAUUGACUUGCGAUUCAAUAAUGUCUAAUAAACAUUAAAAUCUAUAUCAUCAAAUCACAUUGCAAAAUACGAGACACCAAAUUUAUUCAAUAUUCACCCUUUAUUGUUUGUUAACUGACUUUUUUGUCCUCCACAAGGCUGAUCAAAACAGAUCUAAUAAAUGACUCCUAUAGCUUAUUAGCUGACUUUUAUUGAAAGUGUACUUGUUAUUUUUUUAAAUAAUGGUUUUAAUUCUUUUUUAUGGUAUGUAUUUAUUUUCAAUUAUUGAUUUUGUUUUUUGUUUAAUUACUCUCGUGAAGGAUGGAUACACUUUGUUAUAAUAUCGUUGUCGGGAUAGGCCUAUCUGUGUUUUAUCCAAAUUUAUAUUUUAAUCAUUAUUAACCAUAUCUGUUGUCACAUCAUCGGCAUUUUUAGAUUUAAUUUUUUUGUUUAGUACAACUAGUCUUUUUGAAUCAAGAAGUAUGAUUGGUUGUAAUCCGAAGUGGAUUUUAGUAUUAGGCUAAUUGAUUUAUACUUCUUGCUAUGUGUGCUUUACAUCAGUUUUAAUGUAAAAUCAAAGACUGUAUAAGCCUCUACACAAACAUUAGAAUAUUUUAAUUAAAUAAUUUCUUCCCGUAGUGUGAAGGAGACUGCUAUAUUUUAAACUGAAGGGAUGUAUAUCAAUAUUUAACUCCAUUCUUUUUACAUUCAACAUUUCUGAAGUAUUUCAAUAUUGUAUUGUGAUAUUGACAAUUAUAAUUAUUGUUAUUAUGUAUUUUAAUUGUGUUCAAAAUCAUCUGUAUUUUAGUCAAAGUGUAAUAGCAUAAUUACAUUGAAUAUGAAUCACAAGCCAAAAUACUGCUCUCUACUUCGAAGCAAUAUUGUCUACAGCGUUCUCAGUUACCUAUGAUUAAGAACAUACAGUGUUUAUGUGUAUUCUAAAACACAAACAUUAAUUAUUGGAAAUGCAUUAAAAAAUGAAAAUUAAUUUUAUCAUAAUAAUAAAUAUUAUUGUUGUUGAUGUUAUUAUUGUAAAAAAACUAGUGAUUAAGCAGGAGACGAAGUCUUAUAAAUCUAUGUACGCUUUAUAAUAUCGACUGUAUAGUUCAAAUGAUUAAUUGAAGAAAUUCAAUAACUAAAUUGAGCUCAUUACAGUUUUGCAAUGGGUGUAUUUUGUAAUCUCGUAAAUUGGUAUCCAUAUUAUAUUGGGAAUGCAUGAGUUAGAUUUUGUCUUUGAUUGAACACAUCGAACUGUUACGGGUUUGAUACACUACAGGAGUGAAGGCCCAAGUAUACAGUUGGUUACUGAGCGUAAAAACAUUCUAGAGCUGAUGCACUUUUCACAGAAAUGUGCACCAAAUUCAUGCACGUGGUGCUGUGUCAAUUCACUGACUGCAUCCUCUCAUCUGGCUGACUCUCAUUUCAACAUGAUACAUUAUUCAAAUUCAACAGAAUCUAAUCAAAACAAUAACAACAUUCUACAGCCUCUUCUAUUAGUCAUAGGUAUGUUUCGUACUAAUGGUUGAAAUCUAGGUCAUUGUAGAAAAUGACCUAGAUGUCGUUUAUAGGAUAUAAAAGGCUGUGUUAAUUAUUGGUGUCAGGUCAGUUUGAUCUCAGAUUUUAAGCACAUAACUUUCGAGACAGUUUAUACAGUAUUUGAAAGUGUUAAUAAACUUUGUUAUUUGAAUAUACCGACCUUGGACUGUUGAAAUAGUUAUCCUUAUCCUGUUACUUUCAAUGUUGUUGUGUUUUCAAUUGUUCUAUUCUAUUCUUGGUUUAGAGUGUUCGUUUUCUUAGUUAAUAGUGGAGAUUCUUAUUCAGUAGUAUCGAUCAACGCGUGCGAAACCUUGAGGAACGUUUUCUCAUUGAGAAACACUGCUGGAAUAUGAGAGAUGAGUUUCAGGCAUUUAUUCAGGCAGUCCUAUGGUAGGACCACUUUGCACUACGAUUGUACCUCCUCAGUUGGAAACGUUCUUGAGCUUCGAAGUGCUAACGACUGCUUUUUAGGCAGCCGGGACCGACGGUUUAACGUGUCCAUCCGAAACACGGGAGUGGCCCGAGAUAAAUAUCUUGAAGAUGUUAUCAGAUUAGUAUGGUGGAGGGUGGAGAUGUUAUUCAACGUUUUGAAAUAACGUAAAAUUCAGAAGUUAAAAUAAUUGAUAGCAGUUAUUCGUGAUGUUCUAAUUUUGGAUGAUGCAAAUAUCCUUUUAGAUUAUGAUGUUGAUAUGAUGCUAGAUGAUUUGAAGAUACUAAACAAAAUGUUUCAUUAAUAUCAACAAAGGUGGCUGAAAUCCUAUUCAAAUAACUUCCACAUACUUGUCUGGUGUAUAUUAAAGCUCGUGCUGUGGACUGCAGCACACUGCCUUUGAUUAAUGACCCACACUAUACUAUCAGACUAUCACUAUUGAACUACAUUUGAGAUAAUAACGAAGAGCAGUGUUGAGGUCUGUCCUAUGUCAGCUAAAGGGUGUCUUUCCACCGCAAGUGGUACAAUUCAACAGAGUCAUGCUUGUCAAUGACAUGUCAACUGACUAUAUAAGGAACAAACUAGAAUGUUUUACAACAUUCAUUGAUGGUCUUCUGAAAAAUUGGCACGUAAAAGAGGACUACCAGAAUAUAUUCCUGAAUAUCAUCACUCAUACUCCAACAGUGCUUCUAAUUGUGACAUCAUCCCUCAUAUGUAUACAUAUAAUAGGCAGGGGAAUACAUUCCUGAGCAUGAACUUCAAUAUACACUAAGUGAUGGAUUAGACACAACAAAGCGAAAAAUAACAGAACAAGGAUAGCUCUUUCAACACUUCAUUAACACACUUAUAACAUAGCUCUUUCAACACUUCAUUAACACACUUAUAACAUAGCUCUUUCAACACUUCAUUAACACACUUAUAACAUAGCUCUUUUAACACUUCAUUAACACACUUAUAACACUUUGAAAUGCUAUAGAAACAUUCACAGAAGCUUCUUGCUUAAAAGACUGAGCUCAAACUUCACUGAUACCAAUAAUAUUAUCAUAGCUCUUUUUAUCAUUUCAACAUUCUAGAAUAUCAUACAUUUUAACCAUAAGUAGUAUGCUAGGAAAUUUCCAGAAAGUAUAAAAAAUUCGAUUACUCCAAUAGAAACAGCUGUAGGAUGUUGGUAUUGUUUUGAAUGCAUUGUGUUGAAUCAUGACAAAGUAUCCUAUAUACUUGAUGUUAUGUUGGUAGUCAACCAGAUGAGAGGAUGCACUCAAUCCACACAGCCGAGAGCAAAACAUUAUGGGACGAUUUCACAGUUAGAAACACGGCUGGAAUAUGAGUGAUGAUAUUCAAGCAUGUAUUCUGGCUGUCUUCUUUUGCGAGCCAAUUUUUUAGGAGACCAUCUAUGAAUGAAUGUUCCUUAUAUGGUCAGUUGACAUGUCAUUGACAAGCAUGACUCUGUUGAAUUGUACCACUUAAACUUGGCGGUGGAGCACUUGAAACAUUGCCACAAUAGCUCCUCUUAUGUACUCAGAAGAUCACAUCAGUCUCAGCAUAACAUUCAGUGCAGCCAACAUUUGACGGUUUCUUUGAAAAGUGUAGAAAUAGUCUCUGAAUGCAUCAUUUCACUAAUAAACAUUAAGUUUUUUGAAUAGGAUUUCAGUCACCUUUGCUGAUCUUCAUGAAACAUUUUGUUUAUGAAAAAUGUUAUCUUCAAAUCAUCUAGCAUUAUAACCUAACAGGAUAUUUGCAUCAUCCACAAUUAGAACAUCACGAAUGGCCUUUCCUGGCAUAUUUGCCAGAAAUAUUCUCAUAUAAUUAAUCAUCAGUUUUAUUUCAUCAGUACCGCUUGGUCCCAAAAACAUUUGAGAACAAUCAUCUAUCUCAUCGCUUUGCAUUCUCUUGAAUAUCAGCUCAUCAGUAUUUUAACUUCCAAAAGCUACAUGCUCAAGUGCUGAUGCAAUUUCUUCUGGGGUGGAAGGGUGACUAUAUUCACUCUCCGUUUCCUGUCUCCAGUUGACUCAGUCAUGUUCCAUUUUAGUUUAGUGUUUUUUGUCUGCUUGUUCUUUGGAUUAUGUGAGAUGCUAUUGUGUCUGUAGAAACACCUAGUUCUUGUCUUUUCAUGAGUGCUCCACUGCCCAAGGAGAGCCCAUGUUUGUUGGCUUGAGGUUUGGAAGUGCAUAUUCUCAACCAUAUCCAUCCAUUUGUGUUUGUUCUCUCAUGACUAUGGAGUAGCUCAUCAGCUACCUCUUGCUCACCUGUCUCCAAGAAGGUUUGGUAGAGUGCAUCACUGUUCCGGGACCAGCCUGUAAUGUAUUCCUCGUGACAUUCCCCCUUUGGAUGCACUAGCUGUACUUGUGACUGCCCUAAUAAAUCGUUUAUAAUUUUUACCAAUAGGUGGUAUCCACCCUAAGCAUUCAUCCAGUUCUUUCUCCCUGUCAGAUUUUUGAGAAUUCCUUAUUGGAUGUGGUGUGCUACAGUGGAACCAAUUGGAUGUGGUGUGCUACAGUGGGACCACAGUAUCACAAGUGGGACCUGAUGACCUAUUUCGAUGAAAAGUGGAAGAUGCUGACUAUGUGGCUAGUCACAAGUCCUCACCACUUCUUAGUGGAAGUGGUCGGCCCCUAUUAUCACGUGAAGAAAACAGAUCAAGAUUACUCUUGUCUCCAUGCUGCUGAUCAAAAAGGUGAAGCGAUAUUUUGAAUCUUAGUCCUUAUAUUUCCACUGUUCAAGGUGAUUUGAUAUCACCAACAUAAACUGCAGGGUGAGGCUGUAUUGGAAUCAAUGCAGUUGGCCAAGAAAUGUUUGUUGGUUUGUAUCUACUACUCUUGUAGUGUAUCCAGACCUCAUUCCCGUAACACAAUUAUAUAUUAAAAUAAUGUAUUAAUUAUCUCGUGUCCUUAAAUGUCGUUUGAUAAGUAAAAAGUAUGAUAGUGCUGUUUGGAAAACUUCUGCCUUCUAUACGAAUGAUAGAAAGUUUGUAAUAGAUUUGGGCAUUGAAAGAACAUUGCAAGAACAAACUACCAAUUUUAUGAGAAUGGAGAACGCUUAUAAAAAAGAAUAUGCCUCCAAUUUUUUAAAAAUUUAUAAUAAUCUGUUGACUUUUUAAAUAUUCUUCCAAACACAUAUUUUUAUGGGUGGUUUCUUUUGAUGUGCUAUUUUAGUACCGUUUUACAAAAUAAGCUAUGGUUUACAAAUAAUCAAUGUUAUAGAUGUAAUAAUUCUACUACUAUCUUAUUGUAGAUUGGACUUGUUAUAAGAUAUUGCAGUCAUUAAUUUUAUUACUACAUUAUUUCUGUAGAGUAGUUAGAAUUUUUAACAUGGAGCUCAUAACUUUAUUUUUAGAGCUUGAAUAGCCGAUUUCCAUGAAAAAUAUUCAUACGUUUAUUUGUGAUAGAUCGAUCCAUCGAUUUCAUUCUGGCAUGAUCAUUUAAAUUAUUGAAAAAAAAAUUGUUUAUCGUUUCUUUCAAUCGAAUUAUCACUUGAUAUCGUGACCUCGUGUUGAAUAGUUUUUAGCAGAAAUGCAAAAAUCUUGAUGGAAAUGUGUAGGAGCUUUGAUGUUAAGAUAGGAAAAACAAUUUUUGAAUACUAAUAUCAUAUAUUGCUUGGAUGAUGAGAUAUUUUUUACUUUCAAUGUAGUUUGUUUAGAUAUGUUAAUAGUAUUUUCUUAUGGUGCAUUUAUUUUUGCUGAAUUUAUGUUUCAAGUUCAUAUCUAGAUUACGCUAUUAGAUAUCGCUCAACACCAUCUUCCAAUAACUUUGUUUUUCAACUUCCUAUCAACUUAAUCGUUUUUCAUAAAUACCACUUCAUACUAUCAGUUGUACAUUAUACAAAUUUUUCCCCCUUAAUUUUUAAAUACACUAUAUAAUUUCGCCAUAAAUACUUCGAACAAUUAUUCAGUUUGAGAAUGUUCAACUAUGCUCAGCAUUACUAUAAAUUAUGUAAAAUUAUUUAAUUAUUUCAUUUAUUUAAUAUUAUUUUAAAUUACAUUUGUUGUAGUGUCUGGUUCAUGUUUGCUCCACCAAUGAUACUGAAAGCCUGUAGUCAUAAAUGGCAUGAUACUAAUGAACAACUAGGCCUAACACCGGGAUUUUCAUAUUAAUUUAAAAUAUUAUCCUGGAGUUGAGACCAAUGCACUGCUCAAUUCUAAUGGUUUUAUGGGGUUUAUAGAUUCAAAUUGCCUUGACAGUUUUAUGUUUCUAGUUACUAAUUUCCGUUCAUAAAUCAGAACUAAUUUAAAUUUAUUCUUGACAUGAGUUAGAUCUACAACCUGUUAGGCUUAUUUAUAAAAAGUAUUAUAAUCUUAUUCCUUUUCAUCUCAAAAUCUCAUUCACUAUGAAAUUCAUGAUACUUUAUAAUAACAAUAAUUCACAUUCAUAAUGAGGCUUCCAACUGAAAAAUUGAGAAUGUUGAAAAAAGUUUUUAAUUAAUAUACUGUCAAGUAUUUGAGAAGUAAUCGAACAUUCGAUACUCUCGCUUUUCAGUCAGCAACACUAUUUUCCUGAAAUUACCAUCUGUUGAUUUGUAACUGUCAAUCAAUUCUCCAUCUUUACGCGCACAAGUCUAAGACUCAUGUGGGCAUAAUUCCUAACCAAUAAUAAUUGAAUUUUCUUCCAAUUCGUUUUUUGAAUUCGUUUGUGAAUUUUUUUAAACAUGAUGAACUGAAAUUGUAACUGCAAAUCUAUUUGUACCUAAGCAAAGUCAUACCAAUACGUCAUAUUGUCAAGUCGGAGUAUAUACUUUACAGUUAUCAGAGAGAAAACUGGAAAUAGUCUUACAAAAAAGGUAUCAAUCACUACUUAACAAUGUUAAACUUUGUUCAGUUUGGUGUUAUAUGAAAAAAAAAUUAUUUUCAUCAAAUGUCAGUCCAUCACACUUCACGAUUCUAUUAAUAAUUACUAGAAUACUAGUUAUAAUUAUUAUAACCAGUUUCUCUGUUAUUUUUUUAAUCGUUGUCACAAAUGGCAUUAAAUGCAUUUCAUUGUAUUUACUCUUUAGAAUUAUUUUGAUCUCAUAAAUUACUAACUUAGUCUCUUUUUCAUUACGAAUUUAAUGGUUUAUCACAAUUUAGUAAUGCUUUUAUGCCUUUAUUGAAAAUUAUCGAAAUAUUUUGUUGAUAGAUCAAUCGAUUUCAUCUUUUUACAUUGAUAAUAGAUUCUAAAUUUUUAAUAUAAUAUAUAAGUGAUUAUAGGUACCUAAAUUACAAGUCCAUGUUUCAGAGAAUAUUUAUAUGUGAAUUUUGUUAAUGAACUCCUGCUUAGAUGUUUACUACAUGUGAAGCAAAUUGAUACAUGAUAUAACCCAAUUAGAUAUAUUGCUCAGAAUAUAUUUGAGCAUAAUACAGUUAUAGUUUGGUUGUGGAAAUAUAUUUGUCAAAAAUUGUGUUCAAACAUUUUUUAGCUUUUUUUAAUGGAAGAAUUUAGUACAGUAGCUUCAUAGAAGUACGGUCAAAGGCAAUAAGAAGACAUUUUAAUUAUUCUUACUUAUAUAUAUGGUCUAACUUGCUUCCUGUCUCGCCAAUCCAUUGCUGUGUAAUCAACAUGUAUGGUAGUAUACGUUUGUUGUGUUACAACCAUUUCUCGGAUAUCCUUCCUAAUAAUAAAGUCUUAUUUCGUUAAUAUACAUGCUUCUUGUUGUUCUUACUGAAUUGAACGAAUGAACUUAUUGGAGAUUAAAAAGAAACUUAUUUUACAAUAUUCUUGUAAGCUGCCGAGAAUGGAUGAACAAAUUCAUAUUUCAAUUAACAUACUGGGGAAGUGAUCCCAAUUCCAUAGAAUAUUGAAUCUAGUUGAUCUGUCUUUCAUCAGGUAUCGUAUCGUGUUAAAGUGCAUUCAAUAUGAACCGUGCCUGUUUUUGAAGUGAGGUCCAGUUCAUAAUUUCCUUCGUUGUGAAAUACUUGAUCAGUUUGCAUUAGCAAAAACCUGCGGCUAGCAAUAUUGUUGUAAUAUUUUGAUGCACAAUUAUCUCCAACAUAUUUGUUCGCAUAGCCUUAAUAACAUAUCAAUGCAUGCUUUAUGCUUACCAUGAAGGCCUUUGAUUGUCUCCUGUGGCUAAACUAAGUGAAUGUUUUGUAACCUCAAGGAUCAUUUAUGCACUAAAUGUUGUCUAUGCUGAUCAACGAAAUAAUAAUUGAAUACUGAUAACUAUCAAAAAUAUAUAGAUAUCUUUUUAAAUGUGGAUUCUCUAUUUACAAAUUUGCUUUUCAGCAUUUUUACUUUUAUAUAAUAUUUAUUUAUUCUGCUCUAAUAUAAAAGCAUACGUCAUUCUGAUUUAUAUCAAAAUUAUUUACAAAUAUGAGUUGGGAACAUGGAUAAUGUGAGUGAUAAUCAUAUGGGCUAAAUCAAUUCACUUGUAGUAAUUUACAUAAUACAUUAUUUUGUAAUGUGUUGAAUUUAUCUUACUUACAUUACAUUGUCUACAGAUGGAACUUUUUGUAUAUUAUUUGAUAUAAUUAUUUAUUAGCGAACAUUGAUUGUACAAUCUUAUUGGAUGUACACAUUUAUUUUAAGAUUAAGAUUACUAUCUCAAGCUAAUAAAACAAGUGUCGCAUUUAAUAAUGAUGUAAGUAGUACAACCUUAUAUAGUGAUAGUUGUUAUUGCUAAUGUCAGUUUCAUUACAGUUGAACAAUUUUUUUCGUUAUCUUUCCCAACAUUUUCAAUCAAUAAGUUUUUUACUGUGGUACUCUAAACAAGAAUGUUCAAGCCAAUGAUAAAGACCAUUUGAUCAGGCGUUUCACAGUCCACAUACAGUAAUAUCGAUAAUAUCGCACAUUGUUUAUAAUUUAUAAAAAUAUUAACCAAUUAUGGGAAAAUAAUCGUAACUAAUAAAUUUAACGUUAUUAAUUUAACCUAGCAUGCUUUGCUAAGCAAUAAUGCAAGGUCAAUCUAUAUGAGAAAUGAAAAAAGUCAAUUUUCUGUCGCAACCUUCAAAUUUUUUUUGUACUUAUGACACCAACUGUGUAGAAGUGGUAAUCGAAUGUUAAGCCUAGGUAGUCACAGACUUGAGUAAUAGUACAGCAUAUCUAGUGCCAUGUGAUAUACGGUAAUAGUUAACUUGAAACUUAUGAGCAGGUGAAUAAUAAUGAUCAAUAUAAAACCAACCUUUGAUGCUUUCAAUGCUACCAAGGUUAUUCAAAUAUUCGUACAUCUCAUCCAUUUAGACCUUACUCUAUCUUUAUCACAGGCAACUCAUUAGUAAAGCCAAAUGACAGAACUUGGCUAGUUAAAAUGUUGUAUUCAUAUAACUUUUGAAUUCAUAAAAUAAAAUGCCUUUGAUUUAGUGUUGUAUAACAAUUACGUGAAGCAUUCCAGUAACUUGGAACAACUACUAUUAUUAACAAAUGAUUGUUCUCAAUCUAGCCUAUAUCAUGAAAAUGGAUAAAAUUUUAAAAUCCAACAAUAAAAGCUGCUAAUAAUAGACCUAUUAUUUCCUCAAUUAAAAGCUAUUCAAAAUAUAUUUUUCAAUACAUUUACCAAUGAAGGUAUUUUAAAUACAGAAAGUAACAAAAAAUAAUUUGAAAGAAAAAACAAUUCAGCAGUUUUAUUUUUAUUGUUAUGAUUUUCUUUAUUACAUCUAUUAUUUAUCUAUCAAGCGUUCAGUUAUUAACUUAUUAUAAAUGAUGUAUAUAAUUUUUCUAGUCUAAAAAUCGUAUAAAUUAUACAAUUUAUGGAGUACCUUCAUUUUUCCAAGUAUGAGUCAUAAUUGUUUUAUCAUUGAUACAAAUAUUUGCAUGAUUUUAUCCAAUAUAUAAACUUCAAAUAAUACUGUUUCAAAAGCGAUGUUACUAGAAUACAAAAAAUUUAUAUUAAUCAAGUUCAAUUGAAGGAAUAUGUAAUUUGUUUUAUGAAAAUAAAGAAUUUAUAUGAUUUAGUGUUCCAACUAUACAAUUGAAUUUGUAUGGCGGUUUCUCUAAUCUGAAAUUGAAAUUUUUUUCACUAAUGGAAUCUUGAGAUUAUUUUGAUAGAUGUUUUGGAAUCUCAAAACAGUGUGCUAUUAUUGAAUUCAACUCUCUUGCAAUAUUGAAAAAAGUAUUGUUGGCUAGAAUUUGUUUCUCCUGUUAUGUUGAAAUAAAAACAUUUGGACUUCA